AGGGCAAUGAUGCUUAGGGCUUUGAUGGCCCCUGAUUGAUACUAUCCUCGCAGUCAUGGUAUGGUGACAAUGCCAAUUGAGUUAAUGAUCAUACUAGAGCGAUCGAGGUGUGAAAUUUGGGAUGACGCCCAUGGUGCGAGAUGAGCACCUCGAUAUUCCUGCGAAAACGUUCACUGGAUCCACAUCCAGGCCCAUUUCGCCAAUCGCUUAUCUGCAGAUGAACCACGCCCACCAGAAGGAUUAUCGUGCAGGCGUCUGGUAUCGCAGGAUCCCUAGCUCAAUAACGAAUGUAAAUUCUGAUCAUCUCUCGGAUCCGACGACUCCAUCAAUGGCGGAAUUCACGACAACAUUCAAGCCUUAUUAUUAAGGCUGGCCAUGUUGCGCCGAGAUUGGGCUCAUAUUGGCAGUUUGUUUCACUAUUCUAUUUUGGACCAUCGGGUAUUCACAGG